AUGAAAUGGAUAAAUGUCGGCUCAUGUCGUCAUUCGUCCUUGUUUCUAUCAAAGCAGACGCACCAAUCUGUUGAUUCCAAACCUAGACGCAGAGACGACAAUGAAGUUUGGGCCACAAGUUUGCACGUUGCAGAAUCUCCAACACACGAGCUCAAACUAUUCGGAUUCGCAUCCAACGGAGGUCGUCUAUCGCAGAAACAAGAAAUCUCAUCAACAGUGAAACCCAAUAUGACCAACAAACUACCGAAGAAUUUGGCAAAACCAAAGGCGGCAAUGCCCAUUAGUAAUGUCUCCCUCGCAACAAUUACCUACGCUAGUGCCAUAUUGGUCGGAGCUAUACUGAUAGGCAAGUCACCAUUGAAUCUCGAUCAAGCAGGAAAAGAACGUUUCGGAAGAGCUGUUUUGGAUAAGAGAGCUGUCUCACCACCACCGAUUAUUCCAGCUCAGCCCGCUGCUUAUCCAUCUCCUGAUGAAACGCUCAUGAUAUCGGGGGCCUACUUGACUGACCCUAUCGUCGCAAAUUCUUUGGCAUAUGUUCAAUCAGUUAUCCCACCUGCACUUUUGAAUAUCACUCCUUCCACUUAUAUUCAAUACUCAACUGUGACUUACACGGCUAAUCCAGCUACUACGUGCUAUUGGCCUAAUAAUCAGUGUAUUCGAACUACAACUGGAGAUUGGGGCCCGCCGGAUGUUGUUUAUUGUCCUCAGAAUUAUCAAUGGGGUCUUACUUAUGACGAUGCACCAAGUGAAAAUAUCGUUAAUGGCGUUCACAGCAACGACACCUUUACUCUCAUGGAUCAAUUGGAUUCUAUGAACUUGAAGGCUUCAUUCUUCGUUACUGGCUCACAAUCAUCGUAUUACCCUGCCAGCUUGAUAGCUAUCGCCAACCGCAGCCACCAUGUUGCCCAUCAUUCAUGGUCGCAUCAUCCAUUGACUAGUUUGACUAAUGCUCAAAUUGUCGCUGAAAUGAUGUAUACUGCUGCCAUCAUUCACAAAAACACUGGUCUCAGUGUUCGUUACUUCCGUCCUCCAUAUGGUGAUAUUGAUGACCGUGUUCGUGCCAUUGUCAAUGCAUUGGGCUUCCGAAUCAUUAUGUGGGAUGGCAAGUAUGAUUCUACUGAUGCUGAUGUCACCGCAAACGAUGCAAACUUUGGAGUAGUUGAAAAUCUCAUAAGCUCAUUUUUUAAUACUGUACCAGGUUUCAUUUCUCUUCAACACACAAUCUCCACCUUCACCUCGGGCACUUCUAUCGCUGCUCUCAAGAAGAUUCAGUCGUUGGGUGGCAUCAAGAACCAGAUGAUGACUAUUCCUCAAUGCCUAGGCGACCCUCAGUGGUACAAGAACGCGCAAGUUACGACCAUCUACAACUCUUGUACGAUUCCUGGAGGUUGUGGUGCUGUUGUUUCGCCAUACGCCGCUCCUUCCGCAGCUGCCAUUCCAUCACAAUCAGUCGGCUAUGCUGUCGCUUCUCCAGAUGCCACUCCAACCACUUCUGCAGUCAACUUUUUGACUGUUUCAAGUGGAACUAUUGUUGUUCUAAGCCAAACCAUGUUGGUUUCGUUGGCCGUCCUUUAUUAUUUCAUGUGGUAG